CGAGAGUGACGGGCGUCAUGGCGGCCUCGGCGCAGCUGCGGGACCGACUCCUCUUCCUGCAGCGGCUCCCCGUCCUGCUGAAGGGGACCGCGGACGACGAGGCCCCGUGUCCCGGCUACGUGUUCCAAGAGGUCGUCAAGAUCUCGCACGAGUCCCCGGGAAGCAGCCUGUGCCUCCUUGAGUACCUCCUGGCCCGGCUGCACGGGGGCUCAGGCCGCGUGAAGCUCAAGGUGCUGAAGCUGCUGCAGCAUCUGAGCAUGCGCGGCUCCCCUGCCUUCCUGCAACUGCUGCGCCGCUGCCCCUCCUGCAUCCAGGAAGCUUCGGUGUUUGCAGGCCCCCCGGACCCCCUCCACGGGAACAGCUUGUACCAGAAGGUGCGGGCGGCGGCGCAGGACCUGGGGAGCACCUUGUUCUCAGACCCCGAGUCUCCAGUGCCACCUUCGCAGCCCCCUCAGGCCUUGCCGCAUGCAGGAAUGGGCUCCCAGUCCCGGCCCCGGGGUGCGCUCCAGGGCUUCGGCUACAGUGAGGAGCGGCCAGGCUCCGCGGGGGAAGCGUUCCUGUCCAGCAUGCAGAGGGCGGCCGAGGUGCUGGUCCACGCCAUGCGCCCCACGCCCGCGGGCCCCGCCUGCCCGGCGCCCGGGCUUGCCGGCUCCUACCAGCCCGUGGUGACGCCCGCACCCCGCAGCCCCCGGCCCGGGGCUGUGCCAGGGGCUGGGGUCCGAGCAGCACAGCACCAGCCUGGACGGGCUGGUGGGGGCUGGGACGAGCUGGACAGCAGCGACCCGAGUGUGCAGGGUGACAGCGAACCCGGCAAGGCCUCCGAGGGCGGCUCUGACGGCGACCUGACUGACAGGAACGAGGUGGAGACCCUGCAGGACUGCCAGCCGGAGCUGGGCCUGGUUUGCGCCGUGACCAGGGGACCCCGCGCCUUCCUGAACCGCGAGGAGACUCGUUGCUUCCUCAAAGAGUGUGGGCGGCUCAACUGUGAGGUGGUCCUGCAGCUGCUGCUCAGCCGCCUGGAUGGGCCCGAUGAGUGUGCACAGAUGCGGGUGCUGAGCGCAGUGGCCUCGCUGGGAGGCAGUGACCUCCUGUCUGCGGAGCACAUCCUGCUGCUGGCCCAGCCACGGCUGCACGAACUGGGCACCAGCACCCAGGGGCCUGUGGCUACCAAGGCCACCAAGAUCCUGAGGCACCUGGAGGCAGCCUGCAGGCAGCGGCCCCCCAUGCCGGGGCCCCCGGGCCCACCCAGUCACGCCGUCACCCGAGGGGGUCCGUGCGACCUGUUGGCGGACACUGUGCCCUUCUCCCGGGAUGCAUCUCCGCCCUCGCCCCCUAGCCUGGUGCCCCCGACCCCACCCACCCCGACGGACACCAGGGAGCCUCCGAGCGAGCAGGACCCUGGGUCUGCGCCCAGCCCAGAUGGCAGCCUCGGCUCCCUGUUCGCAGGCAUGGAGCUGGUGUCUUGUGCCCGCCUGUCGGGGCCAGAGCGGACCCCAGUCUCCCAGAGGGGGUCAGCCCUGGAACCGCCCACCCACGAACCUUCUGUGUUUGCGUUUCUGAACGUGUGACUCACGGGUGCCCCAAGGGCCUGACUUGGUGACAGCAGCUCAGAGCAGGCGUCUGGCCGGACUCCAGACAGCCACACUGGGCCCCGGGCUGUGCCUGAGCAUGCCUGGGGGCCUGACUGGGGGUGUCUGCUGUGCUGCCUCCAUCACCCUAAGGCCACUCCCGAGGGGAAAGGAACCCCAGUUCCCAGGGGUGCCGCCAGCUAGGUCCCCCGACACUUCUGUGGGGAAUGUGGCAGAGACUGCCCAUCCCAGGAUCUAGGGAGGGCCACUCUAGCCUCUGUCCUGUCGUGUUGGCACUUCACAGCAGAGGGCCACAGGCAGUGGGGCCUGGCGUGCUAGUCUUGGGUGAGGGGGCUGGGCCUGGUCCUUCCUGGCAGUCCCGGUGUGUAGCCCCUCCAGACACCAAGGGCUGGGACCAA